CGUAGCCAGUGGUUGCAUUUAUUUUGAAUGUGAGCUUGUUUCUCUUCUUCCCUGACCAUAGUUAACUUGGCGCCUCUGACAGGAUUUAUCCCCACGACAAGGAGCCUGCGAGCUGCAACUUUCGCAGAUUGACACAGAAUGGAGAGAAGCUGACGCACCGUUAUUUACCGGACUGUUAACUUCCCUCCUCAAGCCUCUCCUCAUGCCUUCACUGCCUGCAUGUCGUGCUAAACCAGGGAGAAGGAGCUGAAAAAAGUUUUUGACAACUGAAGUACUGACUUUUUUUCCUCUCUCUUUUUUGGACACUUUAACCGCGUUUUUUUUUCUAACGUAAGGGAUGGCUCCUCUACGGAGACAAACAACAGGAGUACAACAUGUUUUCUAUGUCUGUCUCUCCAUUUCAUUUGUUUAUUCUUACAACAUAGACUUAGAACAUCCUUUAGUGUUCCGCGGACCAAACUCUAGUUUUUUUGGCUACUCUGUGCUGGAGCAUUAUCAUGACAACACACGCUGGGUGAUCGUGGGAGCUCCGAAGGCGAACUCUACCUACAGUAACUCUGUGCGUUCUCCUGGUGCUGUUUACAAGUGUCGAGUCCACAGCAACCCAGAGCGCCGCUGCACAGAGAUGGACCUGGGCAGAGGAAACAAGCAGAGAGAGUCGUGCGGGAAGACGUGCCAGGGAGACAGGGACGACGAGUGGAUGGGAGUCAGCCUGGCCCGUCAGGACAGAGCCGAUGGCAAAGUACUGGCUUGCGCUCACCGCUGGAAGAACGUCUACUACGACUUGGAGCACAUCCUUCCACACGGGUACUGCUCCAUCAUUCCUCCAACGCUGCAGGGCAGAACGAAACCGCUCAUCCCCUGUUACGAAGACUAUAAGCAAAAGUAUGGGGAAGAACAUGGCUCGUGCCAAGCCGGCAUAGCAGGAGUUUUCACAGAGGAGCUGGUGGUCAUGGGGGCACCGGGUUCGUACUACUGGACUGGGACCGUCAAGGUGUACAACCUGACCUCGGACACUUUCUACAGCCCCAACAAAGACGACGUCGACUCCCACAGAUAUAGCUACCUCGGCUAUGCUGUGACGGCGGGACACUUCUCCUCUCCUAAUGUAAUAGACAUAGCUGCAGGGGCGCCUCAGCACAGCGGCAGUGGAAAAGUUUAUAUUUUCAAAAUCGACGGUGUGUCUUUGGUGAAGAGUUUUCAAGCCUCAGGGAAAAUGAUGGGCUCUUACUUUGGCUCCUCAUUGUGUGCAGUUGAUCUGAACCAGGACGGCUUGUCAGACCUGCUGGUCGGGGCACCCAUGCACAGCCAGCUCCGGGAUGAAGGCCAGGUGUCUGUGUACCUCAGCAAGGGAAAUGGGGUGAUGGAAGAAGCCGGCGUUUUAACUGGUGACAACGCUUUUAAUGCACACUUUGGGGAGUGCAUCGCUGCGAUUGGAGACAUAGAUGACGAUGGUUAUCAGGAUGUAGCCAUAGGCGCACCUGAAGAAGAUGACUAUGGAGGAGCUGUUUAUAUCUACCACGGGGAUUCCACAGGGAUCAUUAGCAAGUACUCCAUGAAACUGUCUGGGCGCAGUAUAAACCCUGGCCUGCAGAUGUUUGGCCAGUCCAUCUCCGGCAACGUGGACAUGGAUGGCAAUGGAUACGCAGAUGUCACUAUUGGAGCAUUCAUGGCAGAUAGCGUGGUGCUGCUGAGGACGCGGCCUGUCAUUACGGUGGAUGUCUCCAUCUUCCUCCCCGUCUCCAUCAACAUCUCUGUGCCACAGUGCCACGAGGGCCACCAGAACCUAAACUGCUUCAACGUCACGGUGUGCAUGCGCUUUAGGGGGAGGCAGCUGCCGGGGCAAAUAGAAUUGCUGUAUAACCUGACAGCUGAUGCGGAUAAGCGACAGAAGAGCCAGCCCUCGCGGGUUUACUUCAUUCACAGUGGAUCUCAGAUCAGCCAGAUGAGCCAGCAGCUCAGCCUGGACAUCAACAGAGAGGAGUGCCAGCGCUACACUGCCUACGUUAAGAAAGAUGCGAAGGAUGUUUUCUCCGCCAUUACGUUCGAGGUGGCGUACAGUCUGGGGAAGCAUGUGCUGACCGGACACCAGGGACAAGACUUGCCCGCUCUCGCCCCAGUGCUGCGAUGGAGGAAAGGAAAAAAGAUCGCAGUGAGGAACGAGACUUGGUUUGAGAAGAACUGCCUGUCCGAUGACUGUGCUGCAGACCUGAGGCUCCAUGGGAAGCUGUUGCUCUCCGGGUUGCACAGCGGACCCCAUUUGGCCCUGGGAGGAGUGAGAAAUGUCUCUUUGAACCUCACCAUCUCCAACACCGGCGAUGACGCCUAUGACACCAACAUCUACUUCAACUUCUCCAGAGAAGUUUUCUACAUCAACUUCUGGCAGAAGGAAGAGAAGGGUAUUUCCUGUGAACUUGUCGAUUUGGACUUCCUCAAAUGCAGCGUGGGAUUUCCCUUCAUGAGAGCACAGACGAAGUAUCAUUUUGCGGUGAUAUUUGACACGAUUCGUCUCUCUGGAGAAAAUGACACGUUGCAGUUCUUAGUUCAAGCGAAAAGUGCCAAUCCUGAGCACACACUCUCAGACAAUAUUCUGGAUCUGUCCAUCCCUCUGGUUCACGAGACCGACACAACCAUUACGGGUGUGGUGACACCGAGCUCCUUUGUGUAUGGAAAUUCCAUUGACGCCUCGCGCUUUGUUCAGCUGGAGGACAUGGAGUGCAACUUUCAGCCUCUUAAUCUCACUUUCCAGGCCAUAAACAAGGGGCCCAGCAGGCUGCCUGGUUCCACUGUGGAUAUCAGGAUACCCAACCGCCUGGUUGGCAGCGGAGCCGACAUGUUCCACAUCAUUGAAACACAGGUGGCCGAUGGUCGAGGGAACUGCACGCCUCACAAGAACCCAACACCCUGCACCAUCCCCCAGGACAGAGAGAGCAUCUUUCACUCCAUAUUUGCCUUCUUCACCAAAUCAGGACGCAAAGUCUUGGACUGUGACCGGCCUGGGAGAGCGUGCAUGACAAUCUCCUGCACUUUGGGUCCACAGUUAAAAGAAGAAGCUUUGAGUAUCGACAUAAAAAUUCUGCUCAAUACCGAAAUUCUUAAAAGGGAUAGUUCCUCAGUGAUCCAGUUUGUGACGAGGGGAAGUGUGCAAGUAAACGACAGAGCGGUGGAGGUGAUGAACGGUCUGCCGGAGGACAUUAGUCUGGUGUUUGAGGCUCUCCACAGUCAGGAGCCAAGGGGUUACGUCGUCGGCUGGAUCAUUGCCAUCAGUCUGCUGGUGGGAAUCCUCAUCUUUUUGCUGUUAGCUGUGCUACUAUGGAAGAUGGGCUUCUUCCGUCGGCGCUACAGAGAGAUCAUUGAGGCUGAGAAGAACAGGAAGGAUAGCGAUGAAAGCUGGGACUGGAUGGAAAAGAAUCACUGAGAUAUCCGGUGAGGCUCCCAGAGGAGCCAAUGAGAUUAGCGAUUGGGUCGAGACGGAUCCAAUAGCAUGGGGGGUACAAUGGCCCAGCCACCCCAGUGGCACCAGGCCAUUCAGUCUUCCAUAUGUGGAAGAGUAGAAAAUUCUCCAUAUUUUUUGGAGACAUGAUAUUUUUUUGU